AUGUCCUCAAAGUUAUUCCUCAAGCCUGCCUUGGCUAUUUUGAACAUUGUCACCAAUUCCAAGUCGGCCCUGCUCAACCCUGAUCGCAACCUUGUUCUGAAUAAACUCCUCCGAUGGACCGUCUAUGAUCACUUUUGUGCCGGAACGACUCGUGAGGAGGUGUCGAAGACAGUGGCAGAGAUUAAGAAAAUAGGAUACCAAGGAGUUAUUCUGGGAUAUUCUAAGGAGAUUGUCCUGGAUCCCAAUGAGAAGCUUGCCCACGAUGACGCUGGGUCUGCCACUUAUAGUGAUAAAUGUUACGAAAUGAUUGAAGAAUGGAAGAAGGGAACUCUGGAGACUUUGCGCAUGGUCGGACCCGGUGACUUUCUUGCCGUGAAACUCACGGGCGCCGGCCCAAUUGCGGUGGACUCGAUGGCGGAACGGAAACCUAUCCCUGACUCUAUGGCACAUGCGGUGGAUGAGAUUUGCCUGGCAGCGAAAGACCAAGGAUCAAGACUAUGGUUGGAUGCUGAGCAGCAGGUCCUUCAGCACGGACUGGAUGAUUGGGCGAUUGAUAUCAUGCGGAAACACAACCACUCAGAAACGCCAUUGGUAUACAACACUAUCCAAGGAUACUUGAAAGGAUCCAAAGCAAACGUUGAUCGUCAUAUUACACUGGCAGCGCAGGAAAGAUGGUCACUUGGCAUCAAGCUGGUCCGAGGAGCAUAUAUUGAACAUGAGACACGAUCUCUGAUCCACGAUACGAAGGAGGAUACCGAUCGCUCAUAUGAUUUGAUUGCAGAUACGAUGUUGUGUCGGAUAAUGCCUGAUAAUGCUAAAGACCUCAAAUUUCCCCAUGCAGCGCUCUUCCUGGCAACACACAACGCUGCAAGUGCUGCCAAGGCCAUAGCUACCCAUCAAGCUCGGCUCUUGUCUCGCCAACCUACAGUCCCACUCGAAUGUGGGCAGAUUCAAGGAAUGGCCGAUGAACUCAGCUGUGAACUCGUACAGAACUAUGAAAGGGCACUGAAGGACUCACGCGCUGCCAACGUGUCGGUUCCCAAGGCUUUCAAGUGUAUGGCCUGGGGCUCAGUGGCUGAAUGCAUGCAAUAUCUUCACCGGCGGGCUAUUGAGAAUAAGGGUGCUGUAGAGCGAACGCAGCACAUGGUAACUGCACUGCGACAAGAGCUGAGACGAAGGAUUUUUGGUUGA